GGAUGCUGGGAAGCUCUAUAUGAAAAAUGGUGCGCAAACUGAAAUACCAUGAGCAGAAGCUGCUCAAAAAGGUGGACUUUAUCAACUGGGAGGUGGACAACAACCUGCACGAGGUGAAGAUAUUGAGGAAAUACCACCUGGACCGCAGGGAGGACUACACCAUCUACAAUAAGCUGAGCCGUAAUGUGCGGGACCUGGUAAAUAAGAUCAAGGACCUGGAGGAGACGGAUCCGUUCCGGGCCCAGUGCACUUCUAAGCUGCUGGAGAAGCUGUACGCCAUGGGCCUCAUCCCCACCAAGCAGGGCCUACAGCUGUGUGACAUGGUGACCGCCUCGUCUUUCUGCAGGAGGCGUCUGCCCUCCAUCGUGGUGAAGCUCAGGAUGGCCCAGAACCUGAAAACUGCCAUCACCUUCAUAGAGCAGGCCCAUAUCCGUGUGGGACCCGAGGUGGUGACAGAUCCAGCCUACUUGGUCACCAGGAAUAUGGAGGACUUUGUCACCUGGGUGGACUCUUCCAAGAUCAAGAAACAUGUUGCGGAGUACAACGAGGAGAGAGAUGACUUUGAUCUUGCCAUGUAGAGCACAUGCCAGUCAUCGCUAGUGCCCGGGACCUGGCUAUAAUAAUUCAAUAGUACUGUCUUGGAAAAUGACUUUG